UCACAGAAUGCUGAGCAGUCAACAGCAUUUCUUGUUCCAAGAUCACCCUUCUGAGCACUUCUCUAGCUGCCAAAUUGCUGGGGCCAUCAUAGCGUGGUUUGAUUUCUCAGCUCCAAGCAUUAGAUAAGCCCUCCAAGCUGGGAUUGCACUGGUCCUGUGAUGGCUCCCGAUGUCAGCUGCUUCCUUUUGGCACUGCUGUGCUCUGCCAGCUGUAAAGUCAUCACCUCCUUGGAUCAGAUGUGCAUUGAGAAAGAAGCCAACAAAACAUAUAACUGUGAAAAUUUAGGUCUCAGAGAAAUCCCUGACACCCUACCAAACACAACAGAAAUUUUGGAAUUCAGCUUUAAUUUUUUGCCUACAAUUCAAAUUAGAACCUUCAGCAGACUCCUAAAUCUUACCUUCUUGGAUUUAACCAGAUGCCAAAUUAACUGGAUACAUGAAAACACUUUUCAAAGCCAUUGUCAACUGAGUACCCUUGUGUUAACUGGAAAUCCUCUGAUAUUCAUGGCAGAAACAGCACUUAAUGGGCCCAAGACCCUGAAGCAUCUUUUCUUAAUCCAAACAGGAAUAUCCGAUCUCAAGUUUAUUCCAGUGCACAAUCUGGAAAAUUUGGAAAGUUUGUAUCUUGGAAGCAACCAAAUUUCCUCCAUUAAGUUCCCGAAAGACUUCCCAGCAUGGAAUCUGAAAGUACUGGAUUUUCAGAAUAACGCUAUACACUACCUCUCUAGAGAAGAUAUGAACUCUCUGGAGCAGGCCACCAACCUAAGCCUUAACUUCAACGGCAAUGACAUCAAAGGCAUUGAGCCUGGAGCUUUCAAUUCAACAGUCUUCCAAAGUUUGAACUUUGGAGGGGCUUUUAACUUGUCUGUUAUAUUCAGUGGUCUGCAGAACUCUACUACUCAGUCUCUCUGGCUGGGGUCAUUUGAGGACACUAAUGACCAAGACGUUAGUUCAUCCAUGCUCCAGGGACUAUGCGAAAUGUCUGUUGAGAGCAUCAACCUGCAGAAGCACUAUUUCUCUGAUUUCACAUCUGCCACGUUUCAGUGCUUCACCCGACUCCAAGAACUGGAUUUGACGGCAGCUCACUUGAACGAGUUACCUCCUGGGAUUGAGGGUAUGAACCUGCUCAAGAAAUUAGUUCUCAAUGUAAAUAACUUUGACCAAUUGUGUCAAAUCAAUGCUGCCAAUUUCCCCUCCCUUACACACCUCUACAUCAAAGGCAACAGGAAGAGACUUCACCUUGGUGCUGGCUGUUUGGAAAAACUAGAAAAUCUUCAGAAACUUGAUUUGAGCCAUAAUGACAUAGAGGCUUCUGACUGCUGCAACCUGCAACUCAAGAACCUGUCCCACUUGCAAAGUCUAAACCUAAGCUACAAUGAGCCCCUUGGUCUUCAGAGUCAGGCGUUCAAAGAAUGUCCUCGGCUGGAAAUCCUGGAUUUGGCAUUUACUCAAUUGCGUGUUAAUGCUCCACGAAGUCCCUUCCAAAACCUCCAUUUCCUGAAGGUUCUGAACCUCUCUCACUGCUUCCUUGAUACCAGCAAUCAGGCUCUUCUAGCAGGCCUGCCAGAUCUCCGGCAUCUGGACUUCAGGGGCAAUCACUUUCAGGAUGGGACUAUCCCGAAGAGCAAUCUACUUCAGACAGUGCAAAGCUUGGAGAUUCUGAUUUUAUCUUCCUGUGAUCUCCUCUCCAUAGACCGGCAAGCCCUCCACAGCCUUGGAAAAAUGAGUCAUGUAGACUUAAGCCACAACAGCCUGACGUGUGACAGCAUUGAUUCUCUUAGUCACCUUAAGGGGCUCUACCUCAACCUGGCCGCCAACAGCAUUCGCAUCAUCCCACCCCGUCUCCUCCCCGUCUUGUCCCAGCAGAGCACCAUUAAUUUAAGUCAAAAUCCCCUGGACUGCACUUGUUCCAAUGUUCGUUUCUUAACAUGGUACAAAGAAAACCUGCAAAAACUUGAGGGCUCAGAGGGGACUGUGUGUGCAAAUCCCCCAUCUCUAAGGGGAGUUAAGCUCUCUGAUGUCGAGCUGUCCUGUGGGAUGACAGCUACGGGAAUUUUCUUUCUCAUAGUAUUUUUAUUCUUGUUAAUCAUUCUGCUCAUUUUUGUAGCUCGAUACCUUCUCAGGUGGAAAUACCAACACAUUUAGUGCUGAAGGUUUCCAGAGAAGGCAAAUAAUGUGUUUAGCAAGAUUGCCCUAAGUAAAGGAACUGUCAUUUGUUGGUGACCAGACCCUUCAGAUUGGUUCCUGGAGUUGGGCAGGGACUCACUGUGCUUUUCUGAGCUUCUUACCCCUAUAAGCGAAUGAGCCUCCUUGGCAGGUCCCCUGACUCGGGCCAGAUGGCCACACAUUGCUGUGAGAGGCACACAGCCAUUUCCUCACGUGGAAGGGAGAGGAUGGGGACAGACUGUGGCAGGGACAGGCCAGGAGUAGCCCACAGAGAGCCCACCCCCUUCCACUCACCUACACCCCAUCCCUGAAAGGAGACCAGCAGCCC